AACUUCUCCGGCAGAGAGCAAGGAGCCAAGGAGAAGUUCUUGGGAAGCCCUGCGAGCCUGAAGGCAGCGCCCGGUGACAGCUGAGGGCUUCUGGGGGCCAGAGACCCCUGGGAUCCUGUUGAGGACAUUCAUGCCGAGCUCCGUGAGGACGGAACACGCGUGCUGGUUGUGCCCGAGCCUCGGCAUCUGUGAGAGUCCGUCCGAGCGCUCGCCCCGAGCCCUGUGCCUGCGGGAGGACCUCACCUCUGGGCUGCGGUGGUGGUGACCCCGUCUGUGAGGUAAAAUAUCAAGAGAACAUGGCUCACCUGGGAGAAUGUAAAUGGACUCACGUGUUCCCUUUUCUGGUGGUUUCCUUGGUGUACUCUGCCAGCGCUGAAUACUCCAACUGCGGUGAGAAUGAAUACUACAACCAAACCACCGGCAUGUGCCACGACUGCCCCAAAUGCGAGCCGGGUGAAGAACCGUACAUGACGUGUGGGUAUGGCACCAAAGAUGAGGACUAUGGCUGCAUCCCCUGCCCGUCAGAGAAGUUUUCCAGAGGAGGUUACCAGAUAUGCAGAAGGCACAAAGACUGCGAGGGAUUUUUUCGAGCCACUGUCCUGACACCAGGAGAUCAAGAGAAUGAUGCAGAGUGCGGGCCUUGUCUCCCAGGUUACUACAUGCUGGAAAACAGACCUCGAAACAUAUAUGGAAUGGUUUGCUACUCAUGCUUGUUGGCACCUCCUAACACCAAAGAAUGUGCAGGGGCUACCUCUGGCAUUUCAGCCAUUUUCCCAAGCACCUCUGGCACAAGUACCUUCUCACCUUACCAGCAUGCUCACAAAGCAGACCUUUCAGGACAAGGACAUCUGGCUACAGCUCUGAUAAUUGCAAUGUCUACCAUAUUCAUAAUGGCAAUUGCCAUUGUCCUCAUCAUAAUGUUUUACAUUGUGAAAACCAAACCUUCUGCUCAAGCCUGUUGCAAGAGCCACUCAGUAAAAAAUGUUGAAGCUCAGGCUAAUACACAAGAAGAGAAGAAAGAAGUACAAGAUAACGUUGUGAUAUUCUCUGAGAAAGAAGAGUUUGAAAAACUUACAGCAACUCCAGCUAAGGCUGCUAAAAGUGAAAACGAUGCAUCUUCUGAGAAUGAACGACUUCUAAGUCGUAGCAUGGAUAGUGAUGAAGAAGCUGCAGUUGACAAGCAAGGGACACCAGAGAGAUGCUUGUUAUCUUUAGUGCAUUUGGCCAGAGAUAAAUCUUCUACAAGCAAUAAAUCAACAGGGAUUCAAAGUCGAAGGAAAAAGAUACUUGAUGUGUACGCUAACGUAUGUGACGUUGCAGAAGGCCUGAGCCCUACGGAGCUGCCAUUUGACUGCUUGGAGAAGACCAGCCGAAUGCUCAGUUCAACAUACAACACCGAGAAGGCCAUAGUGAAAACGUGGCGUCACCUUGCUGAGAGCUUCGGGUUGAAGAGGGACGAAAUUGGUGGCAUGACAGAUGGCAUGCAGCUGUUUGACCGCAUCAGCACAGCAGGCUACAGCAUCCCAGAACUGCUCACCAAACUGGUACAAAUUGAGCGGUUGGAUGCUGUCGAGUCUCUGUGUGCAGAUAUCCUGGAGUGGGCACAAGCAAUGCCUGCUCCUGAACCAGCAGUGACUUCCUGAUGGGCCUGGCUGGGGCCUGUGCUCCCACAACACCUCUGAGAACAAUGAUCCCAGCCAGCAGCACGUUGGAGACUUUGGAUAAGAGACCAUUUCUUCUACAUAAUCACUCCUGGUAACCAAUGGGAAGCUUUUCUCUUUUACUUCUACGAAAAUGAAGUUAUACAUCUACCAAAACAAGAACAGAAUUCUCCCAAGAAGCUUGGUAUGAAACAGGUGGUGAAACAAAAAAAUUAUGUUAAGCAGUUACUGACAAUAAGCAGACACAAAAACAUGAAUUCUGCAGCCUGUUUUUGAGUACAUGUGCAGAUAUGCCUGCUGCUGCCCUUCCUGCCUGGUUUGCAAGCUGUUGAGUUGCUCGCCGGAGAUGGUUUUAUCUCUUGGGGCUUUGGUCAACCAUUGGUCUAGCAGUUACAGUCAACAAUGGCACCACAGCCACAGUAUCCAUUAAUACACAUUAGGCACCUACAUUUCUAUCAGCUCUAACACAUUUAAUAUUUAACCAGUUUCAUUUUCUAUAUUCCCUAUGGGUUUAUUAAAUCUAAAAGUAUGUGCAUAGGUGUAUAUACACAGUCCUCAGAUCAACUAAUUAUAGUAUAUGAAAAAAAGCUCCAAGAUAAUUUACAGAUGGAAGCGCUUCUAAACGCUGUAUAUAAUGCAUGUAAAUGCACUCGUGGUCCAUACCCUCAUUUCAGAAAUUGUAAAUUCAAACUGCACACUCUGCAGACAAACCAGUUGGCUAAGGGCAGUGUGAGUUGGCAGUGAUCCCUCACAAGUGCAGAGGAGAGCAACAAGUUUUUCUCUUCCUUACCAGAAAAAAAAGCAAUGCAAACUGUGCACACACAACUUUGACUUUCCAAUAGUGACAUCUGUAUGUCAAAUAAUAUUUCAAGCAGAGGAAUAUUCAGACAACAGUUGGGCACGUGUGACGCUGAGAGCAAAAACAGUAGAUUUCUUUAGAUAGUUGGAAAGUACAGAAACAAGUGGCUUUGAAAUGCUGUGCUCCAGUGCACGUAAAACAUGGAAUCAUAGAAUCAUCAAGGUUGGAGAAGACUUCUAAGAUCAUCUAGUCCAACCAUUCACUUACCAUC